CCGUGCUCUCCCCCUCAUCUUCUCUCUUUGACUGCAUUCACUCUCUCUCUCUCUCUCUCUCUCUACGCAGUUUCUUGAAUUUUGAGAUAACCCACCAGAGAUUUGGUUCAACUUGCCUAGAAAUUGGUCCACUGUUCUUUGAACUGAUUUUGGCGAAGGAAAUUGUCGCGGCGAUCAGAUUACAGUUAGAACAGCAUGCGGUGGGGUAGUCUCUCUGUUGACGUAUUUAGGAAAGUAAUCUCCCUGAACCUGUACUGUCGAGUGAUUCUGUAAUCCAUUUAACCCAAACACACCUUUAACUUCCUUGCUUCUUGAUAUAUACACACCCUUUCCAUCCAUGGGGUCCAAUCUGUUUGUUGUCAUUCCCUGCUACGUCCGCAUGAUUAGCUGAAUUUCGCUUUUCGUGUUACCCUUCCUAUCUAGUCAUUAAAUCCUAUCUCUUUCUCAUAUCUAUAUCGAGUUCUUGUUGGUUUUUUUUUUUUUUGAUCCUUGGUUGUUUCAAUCUGAACAUUAACUUUGUUUCCAUCACCGAUCUUUUUCUCGUAUUUGUGUCGAAUUCUUGCUGCGGGUUUCUGUUUGAUCCUUGUUUGUUUCAAUUUAGAGACUAAAUCCGGUCUGUCACCGAUAUUUUUGUCGUAUCUGUGUUGAAUUCUUGUUGGUGUCCUUGUUCGAUCGUUGUCUGGUUUGGUGAAAAGACGUAGUGGUGUUGUGAUUAUAAAGGGUUGGGAAUUAGUAGUUAUGGUGUGCCAAGCAGCUGGUCAAACAAGAUUCCGGGCAUUGAAGCAUGAGAAUGGGAUUGCUGGGAGUGCCACCAUUAUAGUUAGAGUCAUAGCUUGCUUUCAACCUCUACAGGAUUGCCAGGCUGAAUAUUUUCGUCAUUUGCUUAAACCCGUCACGUAGAUAUUUGUUUUUUCAUCAAGCUAUUUUGUUCAAGUUAAGCUGGAGUAUUUAGUUUUCCCUGAAAAGAAAGCACCAAGUAAUCAGCAAUCUGUAAUACCACAAACAUUGCCCUAUUGGUGAUUGUUCAGUUGAAUGGAGAAGGACUUUGGAUCCUGGUUUCUUCACCAGCAAUCUGGUCGAGUAUCACCCAAUUUGGAUACCUCGAGUGCUCCAUUUAACCUGGGGCCACAGAAUUCAAUCCCUGCUUAUAUGAGCCAUUGUGCUAAUGUGGGUUCCACAAAUGGGGUUUUCCCCUGGUCUCCUUUUUCAGGGUUUCCUCAUUCCAAGGUGACCCAACCGAUUGAACCUCACGCUUGGUUCAAUUUUCCACCUCGCUUCCAGCAGGCAUUCACUCCACCGCGGGAUACUACUUUCAUAGAGAAGAUACCAAGCUGUCCCCAUGAGAAUCGUGUGGAGGUCAUUCAACCUGAUGAUAAAGCAUCUGGGCGUGACCAGAAGAGAUUCCUUGUGUUUGAUCAGUCAGGUGAUCAAACGACAUUGAUGUUCAGUUCUGGGAUUGGGACUCCUGCCCAGUGCCUGACUUCUUUAGGCCCAAUGCUCAAUGACGCUUAUGUUUCGAAUCUGUCGGAGCGAGGAACCAGAAAAGAUGCGAUUCAUUGCGCCGGGCCUAUUUUAACUGAUGAAUGUGAUGAGAAUCAGAGAGAUACCUCUGAAAGUGACAUGCAUGAAGACACUGAAGAAAUCAAUGCAUUGCUUUACUCUGAUGAUGAUGAUGAUUAUAACGAGGACGAUGAAGAAGCUAGCACCGGUCACUCACCUAGUACAAUGACAGCUUAUGACAGGCAAGAUUUGCCUGAAGAAAGUGAAGAAGUUGCCAGUUGUGAUGGGCCUACGAAAAGGAUGAAAUUGUCCGACGGAGGUUAUGAUGUUCUAGACACUGCAAGCUCAUUUAAAUCCAAAAGAUGCUUCGAUUGUGAGGAUGGUGCAGAAUCUAGUUGUGCUGCUGGGAAAAAUCUAGGCCUGGGAGAAAAAUUUGUUUCCGUGAUAGGAAACAAGAGAUCCAGGGAGGACAAGAUAAGGGAGACAGUAAGGAUUAUGCAGAAUAUAGUUCCCGGCAGGAAGGGUAAAGAUGUAAUUGCAAUUCUUGAUGAAGCCAUUGGUUACUUGACAUCCUUGAAGCAUAAAGCCAUGGCUCUAGGACUUGAUGAAACACUCUGAAUGAGUGCUAUUGGUUUUGCCAGUAUUAUGAGUUGUGGUGGAAUGUGGCACUGAUAAGUUUGGCAAAAUAUUGGUUGGGAGUAGGUAAGCGGGGUUUUCAUCCGAUGAGAUGAUCUCAAAUAUUUCAAGCAGAAAUUGGAAGUUGUGAAGAGAGAACUUGAACCCUAUUGAAACCUUCUUCAAGGGUUUCGGUUUGAACCAGUUUUGCUUUGGGUUAUGAAUUCUGAAAUGUCUCCCUCUUGUCAAGUGGUACUAUCGUUUGUGGAAUUUUUCCUUUCUGAUGCAGCAAAUUAGACGGGCGAAGCGACUUUCCCGUAUCAUCAUGCAGUUGCUUCAGGGUAUUCAGCUACGGCCAAACACGAAUCCAGUGAUUGAUUAAAUCUUUCCUGUUCACUUCAUUUUCACGUCAAACUGCUAUUCCUUGCACGAUUCGUACGGCUUGGUUCCCUCUUUAUGGUCUUUACUGUAAUGUAAGAUAGAUCAAGAUCUGUGUAGUGGAUGGUAUUUUUACUGGUUUUAGGUGUGAUUUUGAUGUUAGGUUGGUUAGAUGUAGCUUACGGCAAUGUACUUGAGAUGCAUGCACGUAUGAUAAUCCUUAUGACCCGUUUGUUUGACCUGAUAUGAACAUGAGUUGAAUUAUAUAUUUAAGUGGGGAUUUUUUUUCUUUUAA